AUGGAUGCAUAUGCGGCUGUUCUCGACCGGCGCAUCCUGCGACAGUUCCUUCCGGGUGAAAUCAGGAGCAUCGCUGUUGCAGAGGAUGCUCGAAAGCACUUCGAGCUCAUUAAAUGCCGCUGUGUAACUCGUGACUUCACGGUGACGAGUUUCGUGCUGGACCUCACGGAGGCUUUUUCCAAGGAGACGCUCUCCAAGGCGGAGACGCUGUUGGCUUCAAUGCAGAAGUUUUCCGGGGGAUCGGCAGGUGUGAUGCAAACCUUCCGGGUUUUCUGUUCAGACGGAGAACCGGCUGAGCAAGCGUGUCCUCAGAUGCUGAAGGGCCUCAGCGGCUUCAAUUUGAAGGCUAGCUUCAGAUGCAAUCUUCAUUCCGCCCAACGAUCAUUGGAGAAUAUUCUCCAAGGAAACCCCAACAUCACCAAGCUGCUGGAUGUGCUAAUAUCAAAGUACAGCUCAAGCAGCAGAGGUGGGGAUCCAGGAGGAUUUGCCCGUGCACUGAAAAACAGUGCGCGAUUGAACAAGUUGUUCACAGAUCACUGUCAACAGGUCGAUGGGAUCAUGAGGCGGGCUGGCACGCUUUCAUACGCCCCUCAAAGAUUUGACACGAUACUGGAAGUCUGUGAGACUUUGUGCGUCAACAUGAGGGCUGUCGUAUCCUGCUUGCAAGAACUGGUGGUCCGAGGAGACCAGCACAAGGCGUGGGCUGCUGGGCUUCUACAGCAGCUGUCACCCGACAACAUGGUAUUGCUCAGCCUGGUGGCAGAGCUGCUGAGAACGGCUAAAAAAUAUAUUCAUGCAUUCGACAAUCUGCGAAAGGGUCCGUCUUCCUUGGCGAGGGCAUCACAUCUUCUGCGAGGAUUGAAGCAGGAAUGCAACCAGCUGUUUUCAUUCCGACAGGAGUCGGGGCAGUUCCAGGAGCCACUGGUCCUGUCUAGGCACUACGAUGCUGGAAUGCUAUCUGUGCUCAGACGUGGUUAUGAUUUCCUGUCUGCAGAGGCUAUUAUGCACAAGAACGACCUUGUCUACUUCAAGCCGGGAACAGAUGAGGCCACCUUCAGGAAGAGUGUCGCGAAAACAUUAGGUGCCAUCGAGGUUCUUUCGCAGGAUCUCAUCCUCGCGCUCGAGGCCAAUCAUUGCACAGGGAUUGCAGCUGCUUUCUUCCCCUUUGACACGGAGAGCUGGAUGGCGGAGUGUGAUGAUGCAGCCUUGUUGGGCCCUUAUGUGUCUGCAAAGAAGCUCCAUGCAGAAAUCCUGGUCCAGCAGUACAAGAUCGCGAGGCCCACCAUGGCGGUGCUCCGGAGGCAAGGCGUUCUGGACAUUGCCAAAGCAUGGGGACAGACAGUGAAACAUUGGCAGUCCCAGCUACCCGUUCUAGCUCAAGCGGUGAGUCUUUUCUUGGUGUCGUUCGAGUCCACCGGCGAGAUCGAGCAGGACCUGAGCCACCUGGAAAUGUAUUCGUCCGGGAGGUCCCUGAUGCGUUGUCGGCUCGAUGGCUUGCCUCCUCACGAGUUUGUAGUUACAGUGCAGGAAUCCAGGGAGAGGCCUGCAACGUAUGCACUGAGUGCGGAUGCUGCUGAAACUCAGCAGCUUUUUGUGGACAUGUUCGGGGGCGGCCGUGGUAAUGUUUGCAAGAAUGGUCUUCCGCGAAGGACAAUCCCCAAGGCCCUCUGUGCACCGGGCGAGCCAGGAGAGGCACCUGUCCUUCAACCCGGCAAGGAAUCGCGAGCAAGUCUCAAGCGGAAGCGCGAGUCACAGGUGGCUUUGCUCAGUCCCGGCGAAGCACCAGACAUGGCUGCGCUUGCUGCAGUGGCAGCCAACGCUGCAUCGGACAGCAAAGGCGAAGAGCAUAGAUCGGUCCGUCAGGCCAUCGAGAGAAUCCAGAACCAGAAGCGAAAACGAUUCUUGCAAUUGCUUGAUGGAGCGCAGUGCAGGAAGAAGUAUGAUCAGGCUGUGCAAAAGGAGAGAGUCCUGCGUGAAAAUUUAGAAAAAGCCUUGAAACACAAGGCUUCAGAUGUGUACGUGGCGACACCCAUGCAUGUCCAAGAAGUUCUGGUCGUCUGCAACGAUGGCACGGACACCUCGGCCCUGACUCGUUGGGGUUUACGCGUCCUGCUGUGGACAGGAGCUGUGGAGGAGUAUACCACCAUCCCCCAAGUUGAGGCAAAGAACAUCGUGUGGUUCUUGCCCGACAUAGCGACUGAGUGUUCCUUUGCUAUGAUGCCCGAUUCGUGUGAGAUCACACCAAUGCAUUUCGCAUCGAGGGCCCUUGGAGGAUGGCUUGCUGGUCCUGACUGGAUGAGAACAUGUCAUGGCAGGGGUCAGGUCGUCACUCCCAUGCUUCGUCUCGCACGUGGCUUCGACGAGAUCCUGGAGCUUUACAUACACAAGUCUGCGGGGCGGACACGGGAUCCCGUGGCAGAGGGGAUAGUCCGUCUUAUGCGGGCAUCCGAACCAUUGCCGGUGAGCAAGCAAUGGUCUCUCCACCGGAAGUGGAAACAUGUGAAAGGCGCCACAGCCUGUGUCCUUGCUGUACCCGGAUACAUCAAAAACGCUCAAGAGGAGCAAAACAGGAAGGGCUCCCAAGGUCGUGUGAUGGAUGCCAACGGAUUCCUGUGUUUAUGCACUCAGUGGCUGCACUGA